CAGCUCCUCGCAUCACUUAUCGACGUCACCCACCCGAGGGCUCUUACUUGAGCGAGCUCGACUGCUCCCAGCUACAUUUCCACGUUUGAACCCUCUACCUUCCAUAGCCCAAGAUGAGGUGCUCCCAGUUGGUCGUCUUUUUGUUUCUCCUCAUCCACAGCGUAGCCUCACUACCCACGCCGCCUCCAGGCUUACUGCCCUCAGUCUGGAGAAGCCAGUCUGAGUCUGGACAUCAGAACCCCACGAGCGCGGUCGAGGCGCAGGCGCCUGCCAAUAGUCAUGGGAGUGGGAAUCUCCAGAGUGCCAGGAGCAUCGUGCUCCAGGUCGGACGAAGAUUUGUCACCUCGCCAAGACUCCAUGAUACCAAUGAUGCAAGUGAAGCGAACGCUCCUCUCCUCUCACGAUCACCAGCUCGUCCAGAGCGCGCCCCAGCAAAUUGGAAGAAGCCCCUCGUGGGAAUCGGCAUCAUCGGUACGGUCCUGACGGCCAUUGGCGGGCUUGCUUCUUACAAGGCUUGGCUCAAGGAGCGUGAUAGGAGGAGGAAAAAAGAGCAGCAGCAGGCGGGGAAGCCCAAAGCGCAGCCUCCGGGUGUGCAACAUCCCGUCGUACAGGCGCCGCAAGAUGGACCUUGGUGCAUGGGAUGUUGAUACAGGGUGGCAAAAGAGGUUCGAUGGGUUUCAUGAUGCCUCUACCAUGUUUCCACAUUUGUC